GGAGAAGUUGUGCGCGUACAUAAAGCAGCGUCCAACAUCGGCAAAAGUCAAAAGAGCUGCAAGAAUGUCAAUCCGUUUCCAGAUCCCAAAGACGAUCAGCAGGUAUCUCGACAUUACAAAGAAGAGGUGCAAGUCGGUCAAGACUACCUUUGUCAGCAGACUACCCAACCGAUCCGCCUCCACUGCGGCUUCGACCACCGCGAAACCCCCCAUCAAGGAGACCAACCGCGUUGCUACUGCUUCCAACGAGAUGAAGCCUUACAUUGUCAUCUACAAGCAAGGAGCUCCAGACUCCGAAAUCGACGCAGAGAUUGCGCGCGUUCAAAAGGCGGGAGGCAAGCUCAAGCAGCGCUACGACAGCCCCAUCAUGAGGGGCUUUGCUGCCGUCAUGCCCGAGAACUUUGCUCAAGGCCUGACCACCAAGAGUCUGGCUGGAGGCGAUGCUCAAAUCGAGUACGUCGAGCCCGACUCUGAGGUGCACACUCAGUGACCGAGUCCAUGCAGGCCUGCGUUGUAGCGACAAGGAUUGACUGCAUACCAUCUCACCACCAGCCAGCCUCAGCAUCUGCCGCCAAGCAGGGUGAUGGCCUGCAAGAUCAAGAGUUCGCGGCCUUUACAACUCAGAUGCAACACUUUCUCGACCCGCGUGAUCACAAAUUCUAUGCCUCACCAUUGACCCAGAAAUGCUCACAUCCGCAAAUGUGAAUCAACGUGUAUAACAAUCACUCUGUCCAGUGUGCUUGGGUAGUCAUGCGUGAUGCUGAUUGCUAGCUGCAAGAAGACAAUAUUGAGAAUGCCUCUCUCUCUCUCCUGCUCAUCGUCUCUUGCCCUUCUUUCCCUUCUUUGACUUGGCUUGCUCCUCCUCGCUCUCCCCUCUCUUCUCCCUCUCCUCACGCUCCAUCUUCCUU